GUCACGUCUAAAACAUUACAUUUUAAUAACUGUUAAUAUAAAUGGCGAUUGUAUAAACAUAACAAGCCCCAUUUCCACAAAAUUUAAAAUAAUCGAUCAAAGUGCAAAAAUGAAUAUAAAUAGGAAAGAUAACGGCGAUUGGAUAUUUUGUCCGUCAAAAAGUAUCCCAGGAAAAUUUUAUCAUUUCAAUAUGCGGACUGGGGAAGCUGUGUGGUGUCAGAUCGAAACUGAGAAUAAAGUUCCAAAAAAUGAUAAAGAAAUUAAUAAGAGUUAUGAAUAUCUUAAACCAGUUAGCCCGCCUAAAGAAAAUCCUAUGUCAAAUAUUUGUUGUCCUAGAAAUUGUCUUGUAAACGAAUCGCAACAUAUACAUUUAUCUGGUGAUAUGACAUUACCUAAAUACAUAUCAAAUGUCCCGAACAUCACUUGGACAAUCCAGCUGCCAAAUUGUACAGGAAACUUGUCAGAAUUUAAGAAACAGACAUCGGACCGAAAUACACAAACGCCUGAAUCAGAUAGAGAUACGUUUGUCCAAACAUGCGCUAUUCCAUUGUCGCAACGUUUCACUCCAUCUGCAAACUCUAAAACCAGUAUGACUCCUAAUACUAAUAUAAACGAAGAUUGUGCAAGUGGUAUGAGAUUUCGAUCGUCGACACCAUUGAAAAAUUGGUGCAAUACAGAAAUGUUCAAUUCAAAUACAUUCAAAUCAGAUAAAAUAACAAAUUCAAUGGUUAAUAGAAAACGCGAUCACUUAAAAUUUGUGUUAAAAGAGCCACAACUUAAAAGACAAAGAACAUUCCCGGACAGACAUUGCAAAUAUCAACUCUCAUUUUUAACGAAUCUUAAUUCUUCAUUCGACUUAAUUGAAAACACAAACCUAAAUGCUCAACAUAAGGUUGAAAAUGCAAUAAAAAAUCCAACACCAGGUUCUAAUCAAGAAUUAGAGCCGAAUGAUUUACGAUUUUUUUUACAAAUGAAAAGAAGAACAUCAAUUGAGAACAAUUUAUUGAAAGAGCCGCCGAACAAAAGAGUGAAAUUUAAUCUUGAUAAUAAUGAUGAUGAUGGCUCUUCACACUUAGCUGAUGGUAAUGAGGAGAUACCAAAAACACGAAUACCGAUUAAAUCAUUAAAAGAUUUAAACAAAGAUGUUAAUGACAUAUGGUAUAUAAUUGUGGAUGAAGAUAUUCUGAUGAAUGACUUUAAUUUUAUAAUGGAUUAUAUAAAUGAAGAUGUUCUCUGCAAGUUAUUAAUACCUUAUUCCAUGGUGCAAUACACAGAGUCGUUGGGUAGAGGCGAGCACGGUGGCCGUGACCGUGUGAUAUUUGCUCGCCGGGUCUAUCGGUAUCUGGUGACUUCGAGACAGGUACAAAUAGUUGAAAUAGAAGAUGGCUCAUCACUUAUGGAUGAUAUAGUCAAGUGCUGUUUGCAGGUUAUGGACGAAGACAUCCAGAUAGUAUUUAUAACGAAAAAUUUCGAAUUAGAAAAAGUAGCGAAAAUGUAUGGAAUCGAUGUUUAUUCGUUUGACGAUAUUAAAAAUUAUUUAACAAAUGCCAGAGAAUCAACUGGAAAUAAUACAGAAUUUAAAAAUAAUCUACAAAAUAUAAACAAUUUUGAUCCUUAUGUCUUAAGCAAGAGUAAUCUAGAAAGUAGACUUAAAAUAAGUCAAUUUAUGUAUAAUAAGCAUAUUGAUAUGAAUCCUGCUAAUCAGACAAAUGGACAUUUAAAAGAUGAUUUUCGACAUAUAUGUGAUACAACAGAUAAUGUAAAUACAGAAAAUAAUUCGACAGACGUAUGUAAACGUAUAGAAAAAUUAAAAAUAAUUGUCGAAAAAUUGACUAAUAAAAAUAAUUCUAUAUAUAUAAAUAAUGAAAUAGAAAAAUCGAGAAAUGACCCUAAAACGAAUCAGACAGACAAAUCGAACGAUAUCGAAUAUCGAAUUGAAAUCAAUCAAAGAAAACGAAAUUAUUUGUCGAAAUUCACUUUAAAUCUUGAAGAUAAUAAAGAUUUACGCCAGAAUUCAAAGUCCACAGAUAAUUAUAUGAAUUAUGAAAAAUAUAAUCGGCCAGUUGCAUCAAUGGACAAUUUAGGUGAUGAGCAAAAUUUGAUUGAAGAUGAAGACGUCAGAAAGAAUAUCAUCGAGAGAUAUGAUGAGUGGAUUUGCUGUUACGUGCAGAUCAUGGAAGAGUUUGUUCAUAAAGUCCUGCAGAUACAUUUGAACGAUGAAAGUGAUAUGCCUUAUUUUUUAAACGAGGGUUUGGAAUUCUUGAAGGGAAUAUAUUCUCACAGUAAAGCGGUUAGAUCAAUCAUUGAAAAGAUGUUAACAUUUAACCGACUUUUUACAACGAAAGAUUUUAAUAAAACGUAUACGGAGCUGAGUGAUUUUAUGAAAAUGUUAGAAUGCGGUUUCUUGUUGAUCGAAGCCCUUAAGAACAUACUAUCAGAAGAUUUCUCAGAAAUAGAAGGUUUUUUAGUGAAAUUGUUAGAAAGUAUUGAAAAUUCAAAGUAUUUUGAAGAAUUCGAAACAAUUGAAACGCCAUUACGGAGAAGCGAUGAGGACACGCGUGUGCUUAGACGUAACUUUGUCAAAAAGCGAAGCUAUAUUGUAAAUUAUUUGAAAAAACAUUUCGUUGAAUGGAAAAACUAUGUUGAAGUCGAAAAAGAAAAUACUGAGGAUGAAGAAUUAAAUACACACAUGAAAAUAUACCGGACAUCCGGUAGAAAUCUAAAUACGUUCAAAAUCGAUAGUCACAAACGAAUAUCGUUCGAAAACCCAAGAGAUAAUUUAAAAUCACAAGAACAUGGGAUUGAUAAAGUUAAACAACAAAGUGACGUAGAAUCACCAUUAAACCCAAUACUUCAUAGGAAUACAUUUAAUGAUAAAAAUGGCCCAAAAGUGAUAAGAAAUAAAAUUCUAAUAAACGAAGCCGAAGAAAAAGUCAAUAAAGCAACACACUUACAUCUAGACAUUCUUGAUUAUUCAGAAAUAGUAACCCUAUCGUCAGACAGUGAAAUAUCUAAGGAUAAUAAGAAUAAUGAUGGCGGUACUCUAGAUCAUUUAAAUAAUGAUUUUGAUAUGACAGAAAUUAAAGAGAGCCUUUCAUUAAUUAAUGAUGCGAGAAAUGACUCAACCGUGGACAGUGGGUUUGAAAACGAAGUACACGCUUGUAGUUUGAUAAGGAGUUUUCUGACGGAACUUAGUUCAACGCUUAAGUUGAUUUAUAGUUUUGUUGAUAAAUGCAUUACGGAGUUGCAAUGUCAGGAAUUGUCUGAUGAAACAAAGAAUAAACUCGCAGAUAAAGCGAACCAGACGCACACACACAUCGCUGACGUCAUCGAGAAGUUGAAGAGUAUUAUCGAGAGGGAGUCGGCGGAUAGUACACUAAAAACCUUGUUCAUAAAGGCCGGAACUGACGUCAUAGAGGAUAAGCGGAUGACCAGAUACAGACAAACGGUUACCAAAUGUCUGGAACAGGCACGAGUUCUAGAAAGUUCUCUGAAGAUUAUGAUGAAAAUAACAAGCGAAGACUGUGACGUUUCUUUAAGCAGUAAAAACGAUAUAACACAUUUUAAUAUAUUUGAAUGAAUACAUACAAAUUUGGAAUAGUAAUCAAAUUAUUUCUUGUGAAAUUAAAAUCGCUUUAUUAUAAGUAUAAUUAUUUGUAAUCAAUUUUUAUAUUAAAUUUGGUUGAACCAAUAUUUGACGAUGAUUAACGGGAUUUUCGAUUAUAGUAUCAUUUCUAGAUAUUAUAUAACACAGUUAUAUAUUAAAAUGUAUCUUUGUCUAUGGUGACUUUAUUAUUGAAGGUUUUUUUUUUUUAAUUAUAUGCGCUGGGUAUAAACAUGGAUACAGACUUGGGCUAUAUGUAAUCAGAUUACUGGUUAAUGAUUACAAUGUGUAAUCAUCAAUCACGAUCACAAAGUAAUUUUCUGAAUAGGGUCACGGAUGCUCUGGGACCCUACUCGACUCAUUUUUUUUUAUUACUUUCAUACUGUAGUCGUAAUCAUUAAUUAGAUUACGCAUUGCCCAAGUCUGGGUGGGCAGUGCCCCCCUAUGUAGAACCGUUAUGAAAAUAUCUAUAAUUAUUUAAUAAUAAAAAGCCGAGAUGGCCCUGUGGUAAGAACGCGUGAAUCUUAACCGAUGAUCGUGAGUUCAAACCCUAGCAAGCACCACAGAAUUUUCAUGUGCUUAAUUUGUGAUUAUAAUUCAUCUCGUGCUUUACGGUGAAGGAAAACAUCGUGAGGAAACCUGCAUGUGUCUAAUUUCACUGAAGUUCUGCCACAUGUGAAUUCUACCAACCCGCAUUGGAGCAGCGUGGUGGAAUAAGCUCCAAACCUUCUCCUCAAAAAGAGGAGAGGAGGCCUUUAGCCCAGCAGUGGGACAUUCACAGGCUGUUACGGU